AUGACUUUAUUACAAGCGACAACUCUGCCGUUUAAAGUUAGGGCAAGAUAUGGCUGGUCAGGCCAAACGAAGGGAGAUUUAGGUUUUCUAGAAGGAGACAUUAUGGAAGUUACUAGAGUAGCUGGGGAUUGGUUCUAUGGAAGAUUACUUAGAAAUAAAAAAUGUGCUGGUUACUUUCCAAACAACUUUGUGAUACCGUUAGAAGAACGUCUAAAUGAGGCGAUUCCACUGGUGGCAGAUAUGUCUAACACGGUCUCUUCUAAAGUCUCAAUUCCACCUGUACCAUCAAGAUCUGUCCAUAAACAACAAUCCAAAAUGACUUACUCUCAAUCUUCUCCCACUUUGCCUAAACUUUCUAGGAGAUCAACUGAUAUAGAACAGAGUUCAAGAACAAGGGAUGAUAUAGGUGAUUACAGUAUGAAACGGCCUUCUUAUAGGCGCCAAGAUCCUUCUGAAAGCAAGGAUAAUAGCAUAUAUAUGAAACGAUCAAGUAGGGGUUCAAGACUGCAGGAGUCAUUAAAUGGUCCAUUACCUCCUUUACCACCCUUACCGAAGUUUUCGAAACAAACAGAUAAAGCAAAAACACCAAUUAAAUCAUACCCAUCAAAUGACAUAAACAAAUCCCAUUCACGAGAUUAUGCAUACUAUGAAGACAAUCAGAAAUUUUACGAUGGAUUUUAUCCAAAUAAGAAAUCAGCUGUGAGUGAUAGUAAUUCUUCCUCUUCAGCGGGCCUUUUCUCGAAUUCUCACUAUAUGGAUAAUUCAAUGUCAAGUAGUGAGAAUAGUUUUGCCCUAAUGAGUGAUUUUAGCGCGACAAGUGCUGGUAGUUUUGCAAGACAUAAAUAUGCACAAUCAUUUACAGAUUCCUUUGAAAAAUCUCAAGCCGUCGCCUCCAAUAACGAGCAAUAUAAUAAUACUCUUAAUAGUAGUAGCAGAAUGGGUGGUUUACUACGAAAGAUAAUACCGAUGGGAAAGAGUGGUAAUGUAUCUAAUGAUAAUGACGGCGAAAACUAUCCAAAGUUGCCAGAUUUAGAAGAUUUGAAUAUAUCAAGAUCGCAUGAUGAUGCUAGAGAUUGGGUAACAGUUAAGUCCCAUAUUAAUAGAUCAAGAACUUUAACGAAAUACGAAAAGCAUCCGAGAUAUAUGAGAGCUUUGGAAAAUAAUAGAGAUUUGGUAUUACAUCCUCAGGAUUCUAUUUAUAAUGGAUUAAACACCAAUGAAGUCAAGGCUAAUGGGCAACCAGGUAUUGUUGAUAUUGAACUUACUGAACUGAACAGAGAAUACAUAGAUAGUAUGACAAGAAAAAGAUGUUUAAAGGAAGGUUCCUUAAGAUUGGACACAUGGGCACAAACUACUUUUUCCGCAAGAUAUGCCUCUACAAUUGAAAAAUUAAGAGGAAUCUACAUUUUUUGCACAGAAAUGUUUGCUUUGAUUGAUGAUAAUGGGGAAUCGGAUUUUUCUCACGAGCCUUCUAAUCUAGACAAAAAGAUAUAUCAGAAAUACUGCACUCCAUAUGAACUAACCUGGAUAUUCAAGAAGUUGACUAAUGCAUUGGGGAUUACAUGUGAAAUUGUGAUCGGGUUUUUAAAGACACCAGGAAUCAAUAUUAAUGAAUUCAAGUACAACCAUUGCUGGUUAAGAGUUUUAGUUAAUAAGGAAUGGCGAUUGGUUGAUGUUAUCUUAGGUAACAUUACUAAUCCUAUCCAUGAAUUUGUCAACAACAGAAAGGCCAAAAAGGCCGAAGAGAGCUACUUUUUGGCGCAACCAUUAGAAUUUAUUUAUACACACGUACCACCAAGGGAAUUUGAACAGCAUAUUGUACCAAGCAUCGAUCAAUUAUCGGUUCUUUAUUUACCCCUUGUCUUCCCUUCAUAUUUCAAGAAUGCUCUAAAGCUCUACAAAUAUAGUACAGCAUUGGCAUAUCUUGAAGAUUCUGAGGUUUACGAAUGCCAACUAGAAAUUCCGAGUGAUAUUGAAAUAUUUGCUUCUGUCGGUCCUUCAUUUAUAGAUGACGAGAAAUCAGAAACAUUUAAAAACAUGGAUUUGGCACUUACCCAAGUUAAGAAGCAUAAGACUGAUAGUUCCCGUCGCAUAGCCAUUAUAAAAGCAGUACUACCGCCUGGAGUUAAAGAUGGUUUGUUAUAUAUUCAUUCCGGACUUAGAGGCACUCAAAUUACAAUUGCCAAUGUCCAUCCAUUAUCUAUGAUGAUUUCUUUGUCUCAUAAAGGGAACGAAUCUAAAUUUGAAUUUGUUACAAGACUCCCCUCUGAAAAUCUUCAAAAACUUGAAUUAUACAUUUUGGAACCACAGAAUAAAUAUUUAUUCACAGAUAACGAAUACAACUUUGAAGUUAUCCAGCAACCAUUCGAUGGUGUCAUGUAUAAUGCAUCUGGUAAGACUCAAAAUCAAAUGCAAAAAUUAGCGAUCCAAUCACCUUCAGGCAAAAUUUAUGAACUAAAUAAAAAUGAUCCUAAUUUUGCUUAUGGAACUUGGAAAGCUAUCAUUAAAGCUAAAGAAAAGGGGAAGUGGACCGGAUUAGUUGUCGCCGAUUCGGGAAUUGGCUGGUGUCCUUUUGCCCAAUGGUCUUGUAUUUGA